AUGAAUAUGACGGACAUAAUAAGCAAUAAAGUUGGAGCCUUUGAUACUUACAAAGGUCUAAAAGCAGGAAAAGAUGGUGAUGAUGAUGAUACUUUGCCCAUCCUACCACUAGAGACUUCAGCGACAUCAGGUGGGAACGAUUUCCAGCAAGGAUCGACGGAAGGAAAAGAAAGGUUGGAGGAUAGAUUGUUCGGAAAAGAGGUGGCGGUGUUGCAUCCAUGGCCAACAGUGUCUGUCACCUUUGCAGCUACAUGUUUCAAUGGGUCACAUUUUCGUCCAUUGAUACCUUUGUUAGAAGCCAUGCUAAAGGAACUUGGUGCUAGCCUGCAUGAUAUGCUUAAUUUGAUCACAGUUAAAUACAUUGAGCAUAUCGAGAAGAAACACAGGGAACCCGAAGAAUGUUAG